AUGGAUGACAAUGUGGAAACUCCUUUGGAUUCCUCUGCAGAGCGAUCUCAGACUUUGGAGGGUAUAAAUAAUGCACGUCCCCAGGCGGGCAGAGAUGGCGCUGCAUCCUACGAUAGUCCUCAGAGGCAUCGGAGACGAAACCCACGAGCAAGACGUCCGGUGAAGGAAACACUGGACGCCCGCUCCGAAUAUUAUACGAGUCAAGACGAUGGCACUGCAGAACACCGCAUCAACCAAUAUUUGAUUAAGCAGGAGAUUGGACGUGGAUCGUUCGGAGCUGUUCACCUGGCUGCGGACCAGUUUGGCAAUGAAUUUGCGGUUAAAGAAUUUUCCAAGUCAAGGCUAAGGAAACGUGCACAGUCGCAUCUGUUACGACGGCCGCGAGGCCCCAGACGACCAGGAACAGAUUUCAACUCGCCAUUACAUCGGCAUCCUUCAAGUGACGAUAAAGAGGCUGCACAGAAUCCUCUAUAUCUGAUACAGGAGGAAAUUGCCAUCAUGAAGAAAUUGAACCAUAGCAAUCUCGUGUCAUUGAUCGAAGUUUUGGAUGAUCCGACAGAGGAUUCAUUGUAUAUGGUCAUGGAAAUGUGCAAAAAAGGCGUGGUCAUGAAAGUCGGCCUGGAGGAGAGAGCAGAUCCCUAUGAUGACGAACAAUGUCGAUGUUGGUUCCGCGAUCUGAUCUUGGGGAUCGAGUAUCUGCAUGCACAAGGGAUUGUCCAUCGAGACAUAAAACCCGACAAUUGUCUAGUGACCAACGAUGAUGUGCUCAAAGUCGUGGACUUUGGAGUUUCCGAGAUGUUCGAGAAGAAUUCAAGCAUGUUCACUGCUAAAUCGGCUGGCUCACCAGCCUUCCUCCCGCCAGAGCUGUGCGUUGUCAAACACGGCGAUGUAUCUGGCAAAGCAACGGAUAUUUGGUCAAUGGGGGUGACUUUAUAUUGCCUGCGGUAUGGGAAGCUGCCUUUUGAGAAGCAAAGUAUCUUUGAGUUGUACGAUAGUAUCAGGGAAGAUCCAGUGGUCUGCGAGAAUGAGCUCGAUGAGGCAUUCAAAGAUCUGAUGGGACGGCUUCUCGAGAAAGAUCCCGAGAAACGAAUUGAUAUGUUUGGCUUGCGAGAACACCCGUGGGUAACAAGAAAUGGCACGGAUCCUCUGCUUUCAUUUGAAGAGAAUACGGCGCAGAUAAUUGAGCCGCCGACAGAGGAGGAGAUGAACUCGGCCAUCACGCGAAACAUGGGACAUCUCAUGACUGUGAUGAGAGCCGCCAAGAAGUUCAAGAGACUGAGAAAUUCCAGCAAAUCAGAGACACCAAUGCAAAGCAUUCUCGGUGGCAGCAUUCUUGGCGGGGAUGAUGAGAGCCACUUCGUCGAGCCACCAAUGGAAAUGGACCCAGAUGAGCCCUUCCCAACAGUGGGAAUAGAUCUUCAGGAAAACGACGCCCAUGGUCUACGUGCAGGCGUGCGCAAGGCCUUCGGUCGGCGUCCUUUCGGCGGAUUGCGAAACAGACCCGGAAUUCACGGGUCAAGCGACUCCGCCAGCUUUUCAUCCCAACCGGAGCACAGCCCAAGCGGCAGCAGAAUGCCCAGCGGUGUAUUCGAAGAGCGGAAAGAUCUCGGCUACAUCCGGUGCGGUAGGUCUUCGUUGGACAAUAGCCGCGAAGCUCGUCCCCUCUCCCAAUCUGGAUCGCCUCAUGUUCCCCUCUCACGCACAAGUUCUGCUGCUACCAAGCGCAGCCUGGAGGGGACUAGAGGCCAUGCCCGCGAUCCUCUGGAAGAGGAGUUCCCUUAUCUCUUCAUUGGACCGUCCACCUACACCGGCUCUUCGCACCACGAAUCCGGCAAUCUGGAAAUCAGUGACGAGCCGACGUCCAUGUUUGGACCAGAAACCACACUAGAUACUGAGCCCAUGGAAGACGAUGAGCCAGUCCAGAUCGUCAGUGAGUCACCCGGCGCUGCAGAUUUCAAUAUCUACGAGACGGCCUACAGAAUGGAACUCGAUCGUAUCAAGCGCAGCCUGAAAGACCGCGAGACUGGGCCGAAGGUAUACCUGACUCGCCGCAUUGAGAAAAACAGCGACGAAGUGAUGAGACUGGCCCAGGAGAAUGCAUUGGAUCUGCAGAUCGGGCAGCGAUUCACCUCUCCAUCGAGAGCAAACUCGUCCUUCGGCUCUGCUGUUAGCGCUCUACGUUCACAGAUUAUGCAGCAAAAGGAGCAGGUUGAGAGGUCAGAGGUGCAGGGUGGUGGUGUUGGUGAUGCGAUCAUCGAUAAUCAUUAUGGUUCUCACCAGGAACACAGUCCUCAUCCUCCGAAACGUCUGUCAGUCUCAUCUCAAUCUAUACCUGAGCCUGAACAGUCUUCUUUCGAGGCGACGGGCGUGUCUUCUACAGAGAUGAGCGGGGAUUCCAAGGCUCAUUUGGCGCGGCUUCUUAAUCGGGUUCGUAAGCCUGAUGUAGAAUGA